AUGGAUAAACAGCUCUACUAUCUGCCCCAGGGCUCGCGAAUCCUCGUAACUGGCGCCAAUGGCUACGUUGGAAGCAAUGUCAUCCACAGUCUACUUGAACUAGGAUUCAAGGUGCGCGGAACUGUCCGUUCAGAAAAGCCAUGGCUCGAUAAGAUGUUCCAGGAGAAGUUCGGACGGGACGCAUAUGAAUCUGUUAUUCUUGCUAACUUUGAGAACGUGGAUACCCUGGCUGAGGUGAUGGAUGGUGUAUCCGGUGUGGCACAUGUGGCAUCGGAUCUCAGCUUCAGCUCCAACCCAGAAGAGGUCGUGCCCUGGGUGUUGAGAGCUGUUCAUAAUGUGUUGGAGGCCUGUUCGAGACAUCGUGAUAUCAAGCGGGUUGUCAUGACCUCUUCUGCGAUCGCGGCUUUGUUCCCCCAGCCGAAUAAGGAGGGUAUUGUUGUUCGUGAGGAUUCUUGGAAUCACGAAGCUAUCAAGCAAGCCUAUGAUCCGAAUUCUCCAGAGCAUAUGAUGGGUUGGAUUUGUUACGCAGCUUCCAAGACCGAGGCAGAGAAGGCAGCAUGGAAAUGGGUGGAGGAGAACAAGCCAGGCUUCCAAUUCAAUACUGUAUUGCCUGAGUUUACUCUCGGGAGAGUCCUACAUGAAAAUAUCCCCGGCUCGACAAUGGGGUGGGUCCGCGGCCUGAUUAAGGGGAAUGCCGCUCCAUUCGAAGGAUUCCCUCCACAAUACUUCUGCGAUGUCAUCGACAUUGCGCGUCUGCACGCAGCAGCUCUGCUCGACCCGAAUACUGUCUCCCGCCGACUCUUCGGGUUCGCUGCUCCUAUGAGCCUCACUGAUAUAAUCGCGGUUAUUCGCAAGCUCCGACCUGAUAACACUUUGAUCCCUGCUGCGCCUCUUGACGAGGGACGUGAUCUGAGUGAAAUUAUCCCCGCCAAGGAAGCAGAACAGCUCCUGCGGGACUUCUUUGGACAGGAAGGGUGGACAUCCUUGGAGGACAGCAUUGCACAGGGCAUUGAGGGGUGCUGA